AAACUCCAAAAUGCUUCUUAAUGGCCUUUAAUUGCUUUGAAUCAUGAGGCGGUGAGGGUGGCUGAUCCAUAGUGCAUUUCUUAGUGUGAAAGGCUAAAAAAGUGCAGGAUAAUCUACAUGCUAAGCAUGACUGGUUGGCCCCAAUUCCUGAUGCCUUGUAUUUAAAUCUAAGGACCACUGAGUUGGAGUUUGACAUUGAUGUCCGACUCAGUUUGUAUUCUCCCCAUGAUGCUGCUGUAUAAGCUGCUCUGACACCCAUCAGUAGCUAUUUCUUGAAGGGCAGGAAGCCUCUCUUAAUCCAUCGAUAGCUAUCUUAUAGCUUUCCUAAAGGCCACCACUGGUAGGGCAAUGACCACUGCAGCAUCUGAUUCUUGGGAAACCUUGGGACACAUCCAAGAUGAAGCUCAAGUGAUCAAGGAUUAUUUAGCCCUUGAGCUUUCUUAACCCUCCUUAACCCUAAACCAAACCCUGAAUAAACCCCCCAUGCCUUCCCCCACCCACCCAUCUCAAUUGCAUGCACCACCUCAUUCCUCGCCCUGCCUCUUUUCUCUCCUUUCUACCCUUCCAACAGACAGCGUCACAACUUAUAACCCCGCCUCUCAUGUCUGUCGAAGCGCAUCGUCUUGAUCUCUUCCCUUCCCAGCUCAUCAGAAACGGGUGGGAGUUUGUCGGCGGCAGUCGUCAGGAUCGAUCCGCCGUCCACGACAUGCAAUUGGGAUCCGCCGGUGGAACUUUGCUUCCCUUUGCUGCUCCAAUGGCGAAGACGGCCGCCGCAGCCUCCACCUCCGAGAGCGGCCUCACUUUCAACAACCUCCCCGAGGCUUCCAGGAAGCGGCCGCGAGAGUUGUCUGAUAACACGCUCUCCUUCCUCGGCGAGGACUUGUCCUCCCUCGUCCAGCAGCAGAUGUUCCACGUCGAUCGCCUCAUCCUCCAACAUCAGGUGGAGAAGGUGAGGAUGGAACUGGUCGAGAAGCUGAAGCGGUUCCUGCGGCGGAUCCUGGCGGCGGUGGAGGAAGGCGUGUCGAAGCGGCUGAAGGCGAAGGAAGAGGAGAUGGAGAGGGUGAGGUACCUGAACUUGGCACUGGAGGAGCGCGUGCGGAGUCUCUGCGUGGAGAACCAGAUGUGGCGGGAGCUGGCCCGGAGCAGCGAAGCAACAGCCCACGCGCUGCGGGCCAACCUCGAGCAGGCGCUGGCGGCGGCCGCGGAGGCCCAACCCGAGGCGGCCGCCGACGACGCCGAGUCCUGCUGCGAAGGCGGCAACCCCGCGGAGGGGAGGAGGCUAGUGUGCCGCUCGUGCGGCGAGAGGGAACCAGCUGUGCUGCUGCUGCCCUGCCGCCAUCUCUGCGUCUGCGCCGCCUGCGGACCGGCGGCCGCGGCUUGCCCCGUCUGCCACUGCUGCAAAACUGGCAGCGUCCUCGUCAACAUGUCGCCGUAAUCGACUCGUCUUCCAUUAAAAAAAUUUACAAGAAAGAAAAUAAAAUCGAGACAGAAAUUACCAGCCUCCUUCCCAUUCAAUCAAAUCGGAUGUCAUGCAAAAGAAUUAACAACCUGUUUUAAGUAAUCUCGUACGCAUGCGCCGCUGUAUCGACAGAAGUGACGUGGCAAGCUGUCCCUUGUAUUGUUCUGGACAUUCCACAAGCCUUCCCACUUCUUUUUUUUUCUUUUUUGCCCAAUAAAAUUACUAAUUCGAUCGUUUACGAUUAUAAAUACAAAAAAUAUGGUCUCUCUA